GAAACGAUGGAGCAACGUGGUGCGACGAGAGACAGAUUUUCAUGCUGAGCACGCGAGAGGCUUAUUUCUCCUGCCGGGAUGGCAGUGUCAUUCAAUUUCUGAAAUUUUAAUGUCCCUCUUUCUCUCCUCCUUCUUCCUUCAGAUGCGCAGCUGAUGCUGAGCCAGCCAGAAGGAUGGGGCAGAUCGCCUGGAAAGCCCUCUGCGUCUCGCUGUUCGAUUACAAAACGGAGAAGUAUGUCAUCGCCAAAAACAAGAAAGUGGGCAUCCUCUACCGGGUGGUCCAGCUCUCCAUCAUGGCCUACAUUGUGGGGUGGGUCUUUGUGGUCAAGAAAGGGUACCAAGAUGUGGACACCUCCAUCCAGAGCUCCGUCAUCACCAAGGUCAAAGGAGUGGCUUUCACCAACACCUCGGAGCUGGGCGAGAGGCUGUGGGAUGUCGCGGACUACGUCAUUCCCCCGCAGGGCGAAAGCGUCUUCUUCAUCAUGACCAACCUGAUCGUCACGCUGAACCAGCGGCAAGACACCUGCGCGGAGAGCAUUGGCAUUCCAGAUGCCCUGUGUUACCACAACAGCGAUUGCCCGCGCGGGGAAGCCGUAGUCGCCGGCAAUGGGGUGAAGACGGGGCGCUGUUUGAAAGAUGGCAUCGGCCGGAGCGGGACAUGCGAAAUAUUAGCCUGGUGCCCUGUGGAGAAGAAAGGCAAACCCAAGAAACCUCUUCUGGCCCAUGCCGAGAAUUUCACUGUUUACAUCAAGAACUCGAUUCGCUUCCCACGGUUUAAAUUCUCCAAGACCAACGUCCUCGACACCAAAGACGACAACUACCUGAAAAGCUGCCGCUACGGACCCGAACAUCCCUACUGCCCCAUUUUCCCUCUGGGAACCCUGGUUCAGUGGGCUGGGAGCAACUUUCAGGAAAUGGCGUCGGAGGGCGGUGUAAUCGGAAUCCAGAUCGAGUGGAACUGCGACCUCGAUAAAGCGCCCUCCGAAUGCAACCCGCACUAUUCUUUUAGCCGCCUGGAUAACAGGUUUGCGACGAAAUCCAUCUCGUCUGGAUACAACUUUAGGUUUGCCAAGUAUUAUCGGGACUCGGAUGGAGUUGAUUUCCGCACGCUGAUCAAAGCCUACGGGAUCCGCUUUGACGUCAUGGUCAAUGGGAAGGCGGGGAAAUUUAACAUCAUCCCGACGAUAAUCAACGUGGGAUCAGGCCUUGCCUUGAUGGGGGCGGUAAGGCAGUUUUGCAUUGUCCUAUAAUACAUCCUUUAAACCAGGGCUGAGCACACAGAGGCCCAGUGGCCACAUUUGGCCCUCCUAGAAUCGCCUAACUCCAUAUUUUUGGUGGUUUCUCAGCUUUUGUAUCGGUUCUUCCCAAUUCUGAGUUGAUGGCAUGCUUCCCCAGUGAGGCAAAAGCUUCAUCCG